AUGUGUACCACCAUCCCAUUGCUCGUAGUAGGAGUCAUUCCACUUCAUUCAUAUUUCUAUGCUGUUACCAAGAUCCUUUGCAUUACCCUUCAUGCUAAUGAAAGUGUAAAGGGCGUUGCAACAGCUGACGUUGGAAUAAUGAAGGAUGGUGCACCAAAGAAAAUUUUUCAACAGGGCAUGGAAUUGCAAGCAAAAUGCACAAUAUUUGCUGAAGUUUGCCGUGGACAUCUUUCUAAUUUUGUAAUGGAAAAGGACCUUCAAAGCCAUGGUGGAUCGUUCAUGUAUCAUAUCGAAGACAAUGGUCAGCCUCUUGUUUCUCUCGGCCUUAUAAUUGGUCUAGAUUACAAGAAUCCUCAUACAAAUUUGUAUCAGACAAGUCUGUUUCAUAAAAUGAAUGAAGAUUUGGAAUUCCAGUUAUUCAAGUCUCAUCUAUCCAUUCUUCAUUAUCUGGAAGGUGGGGAGCGAAUUACAUAUGAUGCUAGAACAGUGAAUGAAGGAGGAUAUCAAACAGUACCUCAGCUAACUGUGCCUGGUGGAUGUUUGGUUGGUUGUGCAGCAGGGCUGAUGAAUCCAGCAAAGAUUAAAGGUGUUCAUAAUGCCAUGAAAAAUGGUAUGAUCGCAGCGGAAGCAAUAUUUGAGGAUCUAGGUCCACACACACGAACAGUAAUUCCGGAAGAUUUCAAGCCGGAACUAUACAAAAGCUACAUAAUUAAAGAAAUGCGACGAAUGCGCAAUGUUCGUCCGUCUUUCAGAAGUCGUUUCGGAUGGAUAGUUGGCUUACCUUAUACUGCAUUUUUUUAUAUGUUACUACGUGGAAAUGAACCAUGGACCUUCAAAAAUAAAACUGAAGACUGGUUUCAGACAGAUUCAGCGUGGAAAUCGACAUCUAUUAACUACCCGAAACCUGUCGGCAAAGUGACAUUUGAUAUUCUGUCUUCAGUGGCUUUGACUGGCACAAAUCAUGAAGAAAAUCCUCAUCUGUUAUGGAGAAAUGAUGCCGAUGCUGAGUUAACUACAUGGCGUAGGUUUGCUGGCAUGACUGAACGGUUCUGUCCGGCAGGUGUUUAUGAAUAUGUGCCAUGCGAAACUAAAUGGGUUGCACCAGAAGGAGGCAAUGGUUCGAAGUACAAUGGUAUGUAA